AUGACGCCGUCACCGCGACCAAUUAAUGAGCUUAGUUUUGAAGGUCCGGAAGACCAAUCUUUUAGCAUAAUUUAUACAAGAACCAUUUCUCCUUCUGACAUAGAGGCUGAAUGGGCCUGCUUCCAAACAGCCAUUUUGGCCUCGGCUACAGAAGCUUGUGGCGUUAAGCGCAUUAAUGUGACGAACAACGUGAAACGGUCAUCUUGGUGGGGAACACCGGGAGUAAAAGAAGCCGUUGGAGAGAAAAAGAAGGCUUACAAGUUGUACAUACAACGUAAGGAUUCUGAUUCUCGUGAUCGUUAUGUUGAGGCGCGAAAGGCUGCAAAGCUCGCAGUUAAAGCCGCUAGAGAGGAGGCGUGGAAAAAGUUCGGUGAAAAGCUGGAGCUUGACUAUAGGUCGGCAAACAAAACUUUCUGGCAAACAGUCCGAAGACUCCGAGGGAAGAAGAGCAAUUCCAUCCAAGGAGUAACAUCCAAGGAAGGGAAUCUUCUGACCAAAGAGGAAGAGGUUUUAAAUCGCUGGAAAGAGUACUUCUCAGAAUUGCUCAAUCCUCAGCAAGGCACUGAUGAUGACGUACCCAGGAGUAAAGGCAGGGAGGAAAGUAGUCCUUCAGAGAGUGAAGUCCUUGGAAUUCUCAAUGAACACAAGUCUGAUGAAUGGAGUUGGUGGACAAAUAAAAAGAGCAUAAGGAAACCGUUGAUCGGAAAUAAAGUGAAGAGAUCCGACAGACAGUGCACUUCUCUGGCCCUUCUUCCUCCACUACUUAUGCCCUUAUCUGACUGUCCCAUCACUAUCAAUGGCAUUUUCGUCAAUACCGCAGCUCUGUUGAAUAUUCAAACAUUCAAUUGCCUGCAGCAAUAA